AUGGGAGCCUGCAGCAUCUUCCUCCGGCCCCCCGCCCUCACCUGCGGCCGCGGGACCCCCGCGCAGCGCUUCUUCGCCUCCUCCCUCUGCGCCCUGCGGGGCCGCGGCCACCCCCUGGCCGCCUUACCCGGCCCCCCAAGCUGGCCGCUGAUGGGCAGCCUGCCCGACGUCCUCUGGAAGGGGGGGCUCAAGAGGCAGCACGAAACGCUGGCUGAGUACCACAGGAGGUUUGGCAAGAUUUUCCGCAUGAAGCUGGGGGCUUUCGACUCGGUGCACAUCGCAGCCCCCUGCCUCCUGGAAGCCCUGUACCGCCGGGAAAGUUCCUGCCCUCAGCGCCUGGAGAUCAAACCCUGGAAAGCCUAUCGGGACUAUCGCGACGAAGGCUACGGGCUGCUGAUCCUGGAAGGAAAGGACUGGCAGAGGGUAAGAAGUGCCUUUCAAAAGAAAUUAAUGAAACCCAGGGAAGUUGCGAAACUGGAUACUGCGAUCAAUGAGGUCCUGGAGGACUUCAUGUACAGAAUAGAUGAUGUUUGUAACCACAAUGGACAAAUGGAAGAUGUCUAUUCAGAAUUCAACAAAUGGUCAUUUGAAAGUAUCUGUCUGGUUAUCUAUGUGGCUUGUAAAAAAAAUUCAAACAUUAUAGUGACUUAUAAAUCCAAAACUUGGGGGAAUCACAGCACGUUUAUCUAG